AUGACUUCCUACGAUUAUGAGUAUGAGACGGUCGAAGAACCACGUCGACACCACUCCCAUCGUCAUCGAAAACAUGAUCGCGAACCAAGAUAUGCUGACGAGCCACGUUACGUCGAAACUCAAGAAACGUAUGUUCGCUCAGCCGCUCCUACCGUAACUCAUGCUCCCGACGCUCCGAUUAGAGAAAGAGAGAGAGAAGUUAUUCAAACAAGAGAACUCAUACGUCAACCUCGUCGUGAAGAUAGCGAUUUGUCAAUCGAAGAGGUGAGAAGAGAUUUUCCCCCACCAGCAGGUGGUGCCUAUGUAGACCAACGAACGACCGCCCGUGAGUCUAGGUACGGCGCGCCAGCCCGCCGAUCUCGUUCCGUAGGGCGUGAUGGUCGCUACGGAGAAUACCUUGACGAUAGCAGAGGCGAUCCACGACGCUCUUUCCAAGAUCUCGAUCGACGAAGUGAUUAUUACGAAGAUACCAAAGUCGAACAUAAACGAUCGCUUUCACGAAAUCAAAAAAUUGUAGCCGCCGUUGGAGGAGCUGCUUUAGCGGUUGGUGCAAAGGAAUUAUGGGAUCGAAGAUCUGCCGAGGGUAGACCAGUCGAGCGAAACCCAAUAGCGUCUGCUAUGGUCGGAGCUGCCGGUGCUUUUGCCGCGUACGAAGGAACAGAACUUUACGACAAACAUGGAAAUAAAGAAAAGAAAGUUAAGAAAUACGCUGCUCACAGAGGCCGAAAUGGUGAAGUUCAAGAAUCCUAUUACUCCGAAGAGGAGGAGAUCAAACCUGAGAAGAAGAAGGGUCGCCGCAAGUCAAUUGUUGAGGGCGCUAUGGCUCUCGCAGGGUUAGGAGCUGCCGCAAAGGGCGCCGAACACCAUCGAGGCCGCAGAGGUAGCGGAGACAGCUAUUAUGAGGAAUCGAGCUCCAAGAGAAGCAGAUCAAAGUCCAGAUCAGGUGAGGGCACUGCCAAGUAUCAACAAGCUGCCAAAGCUGCCCUUUUAGCGGGUGCUGCCGAAGCAUUCCGAGUCCGAAAUGAGCCUGGAGCCUGGGGUGGUGAGAAAGGAAAGCGUAUCCUUACUGCAGCCAUCGGAGCCGGUGGUAUUGAUGCGGCUAUCGACAGAGAUGCUGACAAGAAGAGCAAGCGUCAUAUCCUUGAGGCAGUUGUUGGAGGUCUCGUUGGAAAUCGUGCCAUUAACGGAUCACGAAAGGAUGUCGAAGAAGAUCCUGUUACUGGACGCUCUCGAUCUAGAUCUCGAGCACGUUCUUCAUCCCGAGGUGGAGGAGGAGGUGGUGGAACCGGUCUCGCUGCUCUCGCAACUGCAGGUCUUGGAGCUAUCGCUGGCAAGAAAUUACUUGACCGUUCCAGAUCUAGAUCCAGGGCUCGUUCCCAAUCUCGAUCUAGAGCCCGUUCUCAAUCUCGUGGACGCAGAGAUGAUUACAGCCGCAGUCCAUCCCCAGAUCGUAGCAAGCGUAGCAGAAGCAAGAGUGUCAGCUCAAUGGCAAGAAAGGGUUUGGCUGCUCUUGGUAUUGGAGCUGGAGCUGGAGCUGUUGCUAAUGAAGUCGGUCGUAGCCGCGAUCGUAGCCGUAGCCGCAAUCGUGAUAAUUACGAUGACUAUGAUUCUUACGAAGAGCGUCCAAGACGCUCUAAGAACUCAAGAGGUGAUGUGUAUGGCAACCCACGUCACGCCGACUCUCGUGGAAGUAUAGACAGUCGUGGAGGUGGUAGAGCGAGGGAUGGACAGAGAAGCAAGAAGGCUUCUGACGGAAAGAAUGGAUAUGACAGCGACGAUUCAUUGAUUUCGUCGUCAGAGGAUGAGAGGAGGGUCAAAAAGAUGAAAGGUAAGCAACUUAUUACAGCCGGUUUGGCAACUGUUGCCACGAUUCAUGCAGCACAUAAUGUCUACGCAAGUAUGGAGGCACGUGAUGCGCGACACAAGGCUGUUAAGGAAGGAGAGAUCACCCCAGAGGAGGCAAGGAAGCUUAAAGCAAAGGCCGCAUUACAAGAUGCAGCAUCUGUUGGUAUUGCAGCACUCGGUAUCAAAGGAGCCAUUUCGGAAAUCAAGGAAGCAAACGAGAUACGACACAAAUGUAAAGAAUUUCGAGAGAAAAAGGGCGAACGUCAUAAGAAACGUCUCGAGAGACAAAAGAGACAUUUGGAGAAUGGUGACAGAAGACAAAGAGAAGAUUCUCGCGACACAUAUUCUCCGUCUUAUGACAGUCGUUACGAUGAUCGAUAUGAUGAUCGUCGCUACAAUCCGGGUCCUCGUUACUAUGAUGGAAAUCCAUACUCUACGGGUUUACCAGCUCCUCCUGUUGGAUAUGAAAGAUAA